AAUAUUUGGAAGGAUCUAGAGGACCUCUGUAAAGAGAAUAUGUUGUUUCAAUCGAUUGACCAACAAAUACUGCUACUAGAUGAAGUGUUGAAAAUGCCUUCAUUUAAAAUACCAAGAAAUUUCAUCAAAUUCGUUUUGACGAAUUUCCACAAUAUAUGGUGUGAGAGUGCAAAAGAAACAUUGGAAAAUGCUUAUGAAGUAUUACUUAGAACAGUGCAUGGUACAUCUUUAGAAGCAAAGUUGAUAUCAUAUUUUGAAGAAUAUGAUUCUUUGCCUAAAAAUUGUUUCUUUCAAACUAACAGGGAGCAUUUCGAAAAAAGAUUUCGGUCGCAUGUUUUAGAAUAUCUUAACAGUAGUAUUCUCAAAAUACAUGCAGAUGUAGAAAAUCUUCAAAUUGCAACAAUUGACUUAUACUGUCAUUUAUUAAAAGCUCAAUUGAAGAAUCAGAUGUUCCUGACAAAAUUUGACUUUUUUGAAAAAUACUGGAAAAGCCUAGAUACAAGAGGGAUAGAAGAGGUGUUCAUUUUAUCACUAGAAAAUUGUAAAGUUGAUCCAACUUCAUCAGAGGAGGAGUUAAUUGAUCAUGCAAUCAAACAUGUCAGGUUUUGGACAUACAUACUGGGAGCAAAAGGAAAACAAACAACUAAAUUAGUAAAACAUCCGAUGUAUUUAUUGAUGAAACGUCUGUACGCAGAGAUGUUUACAAAUCUUCAAAAUGAUCGAUAUGACUAUUUAUUUCUGCAGAAGUUAAAAGGAGAUAGCGAAAAUAAAUUAGUUGAUGUUUUUGUAUUAGUAGUUGAGGGUUCAAAAUCUCACAUUCAGGAUUCAUUUAAAAAGGCGUUGAAUUUUGAUGAUAGGGCAUGCAGAGAUUUAGAGCUUAUCACUUACGUCUGUGCAGAGGUUUCUGCAAGGUUACCUCUGAUCUACCAUGAGGUUCUAGAUGACAAUACACAGUAUUUAAGAAAUAUCAAAGACAACAUAAGAGCGGGAAAGUUGAAGUUCCGUGAAUUUAAUGAUCUCGGUAUAUUUAAAAGCGGUGAUAUGAAAUCUGAGAAAAAUCUUCUGGAAAGUUGCAAAGAUAUUGAACAAUUUUUGCCCAUCGAUUCAUUCUGGAGAAACAGUGAAGUUUUCUUUCAUCAUCAAAUGAGUGAUGUUUUGGAAGAGGAAAAACAAAAAUUUCAUGAAUUAGCAAGUGAAAAACAAACACAACUUUUGUUAGGAUUUCUUUCUACAUUUUGCAUUUUUAAUUUUAAAGAGAGAAUGAGAAGGUUAUUGAAUGACGAUGUACCAAUACCACAGCUGUUUCAAUUGUUUUUUAAAAAAGAUUUGACGGCUAACCAUUUGUCUUUGACACUUGAUCAAAUUGCAAAGCUUAUUGGAUAUGCAGAAUUUCCGUAUGAAAGAACGAAGGCAAUCAUACGAUGCUUAGAUUUAAAUAGGAAUUCCGAAAAAAUUGCUGCCUUGAGAAAAUUUUAUUCUGUUAUCUGUUUGGAAAUUGACAGCAAGUUCCAGGACCAAAUUCAAGAUUUUGAAGAAAUACAGACCAAUUAUGCAGAAUCAAGAUGGUCAAUGCUUGAGGCAUGUUCUUUCAUUAUGGAUAUGGAAUCAUCUGUACUAAACUUUAGUGCAGAUGUGAUGGCUGUAAUGAUUGAGUACUCAAUUUCAGAAAAUCUAAUAUCAUUCCUGAGAGAUAUCAUAGAGGAAGACAUAAGAAAUCUUAUGGAUGCUGUUGAGGGAGAAUACUUUGAUCAAUACUUGCCAUUAGUUUCACAUCUAGUCGAAGUGAAAGAACUUUUACUUCCAGUUUUAAAGUUACCAAAAGGAACAGAUAUCACAGUUUAUACAUCAAAAAUUGAGAAUAGUCUACAGAAAACAGAAAUCCAAAAGGCAGCAGUGAAAAUUGCUCAGUGCUCGAAAGAAUUAGACAGUCUAAAGAACUUUUAUAAAGCCUUUGCAAACAAAACUGAAAAAACAAAAGACAGAAUUGAAAAUAUACUCGACAAGGGGAAGUUUCAUUUCAAACUGAGUGAAAAAGAAUGCACAGUAGAAAUAUUGUGUAUAGAUAAUACGAUGUAUACUGCAUCUGAUUUAAGCGAUUUAAGAAGUAGAGCGCUUCUUAUUCAAAGCAGGUUUGACAAGAAACUUAUAUUACCAUCUGCUUCGUCUACUAUGACUAAAACCUUGAGUUUCUUUUUGGAAAAAGUUGAUGCCGCUACAGAAAUUUUGGAAACCUAUCAGCGACUAAAAAUGCUUGGACAUCCUUUGUUUGAAAUUGUUGACUCAAAUAUUGAAAUGAGUGAUCUGGAAUGGGAAAAAGCACAUCUUUGCAAAAUAUGUGAUGAGUGGGGAAACGAUUUGGAUGAAUAUCGAAAAAAAAAUUCCUGUCUGAAAUACAUUAAGUCUGAACAACUUCAACUUUUGUUUGAAUAUACAAAAAGCUUUGCACAAAUUCGUGAUGCUGAAAACCAAACAAGAAAAAGAGCUGAUAUUAAAUCAGUUUUGUGGUAUCUUCAUCCAGAUUUGGAGUUUUCUAUGAUAGAUGAGGGAUGCAUAUCUGGUGAUGAUUCUCCACGACAGAAUUUAGAUAUGGUUGCACAUUGUCUUGAAGAUAAUUUCAUGAAUCUAAAGCCCAGAGGACAAGUUUGUCCAAUAACCAUUAAAGCUGAUUCUUCAAAUGUAAAGUUUUCAAAGAACUUGAAUUUCAUGUGUGUGGAUAAAGACAGUGGAGUGGGGCCUAAUUUGAUUUUGGGCUGGUUCCUAAUGAAAUGCAAUACAUUACCACUUCCAAGCCAAGUUGUUGUUUGUAAUGAGAAUACAUCGUGGGAUGAGCUGUAUUUGUUGUUGUUAAGAAGUAGAGAACGACCUAAUGCAGCUGACAAUUGCUUUUGCAUUGCAUUUCUGGAAUUACUGUCUGUUGAAAACCAAGGAAUGCUGAUACAUGAGAUAGAAAAAUUUGAUUGGAAUAAUUCCUCACUGAGUUUGAUAUACAGAGGCCGGCAGACAGAUUCAAUUCCUACUUUAUUUAAAGACUGUGAAAUGUUUAUGCAGCCAUUUGAUAGAAAACAGAUGGAAAGCCUUCUGCAGACCAUGUUUCCAAAGGUCAUUGUGUUUACAUCAGAUUCGCCUGGCUUAGGUAAAACAGAACAAAUACGCGAUUUAGCGGCAUCAUUUGAGAAAGGUGUUAAAAGUCUUCACAUCAGUGGUGCUAACAGAAAAUUGCAAUUAAUUCAGCGUCUUAAGGAACUCGAUUUGAAACCAUACGAGUUACUUCAUAUUGAAAUAGGACUUGCUGAAAGGCCAGAAGAACUGGAUAUUUUCUUAUUUGAACUUGUAAUAUUAAGAUAUGUGUCCUUCUCCUCGCUGUCAUAUGUACUGCCACAAACCUUUAUUGCCCUUGAAAUCACGAAUUGUCCUAGCCAAAUGAUGGUAAAUAGUAUGCCAUUUUCAAUUUGCUUUUUAAGGAAACAUUUGAAAUGGGAAAACUAUGAAAAUUAUAAAUGUCAACAAGUUCCAAACAGCCCAGUUCAAGUUGCGUGCGCAUACCUCAGUAGACUUGAAACGGGAGAUAUAAAUGCUGAUAUUGAUUUAUCAAAAACUGAAUUGCAAAAUGAAAAUAAAUGUCAAAUUCUUUUGCGAAAAUAUUUUCCUUCAUUUGAUGGAAUUAAUUUCACAAUAGUAGACGCUUUUGUGUCAGUUCUUGGCAACCAAUUGAAAAAGUUUUCAGCAAGCACUUAUUUCAAAAAUACAAAUUUGACUUUGAUGAUUGGUGAGGACAAUACGUCUGCUGUAAGAAAAAUAGUCCUCGAAUCACUUAUUCAGUUCUCAAAAGAGUUUGCAUCAAAAUCAAUUGCAUCAUGUCGGGAUUUACAACACAAGCCUUUUGAAAACUUCAACACGCCACUAGUUGAUCUAAAAAAGGCUGUAAUGAAUCUUGCAAGACGGACUGAAGAAAUGAUAAGAUGGGAAAAUAGCAACCACUUGAUUGUCGUAUUCCAUAGUCAGGACACCCAGACCGUAUCUGCUGUGUACAGAUGUCUUAAAAAUGUUCCUCACAAUAUCGAAGAAAUGUUUGAAAGCCAAAUCCAAAAGGAUUUGCCAGAUUAUGCAACCAUGGAAUCUGAAAAGCUUUUAGAAGUUAUUGUUAAAAUAACGCGUACCAAACAGAAACAACUGUCAAAAGAACACUUGGCAACAUUGGCCCUGGGUUAUGCAUAUACCCCAGAUAACAUGUUAAAAAUGAUGAUGAUUGCAUUAAGGCUUCAGUCUAACAUUCCAGUAGUUGUAAUGGGUGAAACAGGAUGCGGAAAAACAUCACUUAUUAGACGGCUCGCAGACAUCUGUGAAGUGCACCUAAAAGUUUUGAGCGUCCAUGCUGGUAUUAGAGAAACAGACAUUUUGGAUAUUGUUCUCUCUGCAAACAAUAUUGCUGAGAGUAAUAGAAGUGAAGAAGUUUGGUUGUUUUUUGAUGAACUAAACACAAGUGAACAUGUUGGGCUCAUAUCUCAUAUUGUAUGUCAUAGAGAAUUACAUGGGGAUGUAUUUUCUCCUAAUCUAUCAUUCAUUGCUGCUUGUAACCCGUAUCGACUGCGAGAAUCUAAUAGAUACACGAAGGGACUUAAGGGCAAGCUCUCAGAAGAUGCAUUAUCAUUGCUUGCAUAUAGAGUACAUCCUUUGCCCGAAAUGAUGCUUGAUUUUGUUUGGGACUAUGGGUCACUUCCAUUUAAAGAAGAGAAAGCGUACAUUCAAAGAAUGGUUGAUACAAAAACCUUUCAGCCAAAAAAAGAUGUACUACUGAUACAGUUACUGGCAGCAUCUCAACAAUUUGUAAGAGAAAAAGAAGGUUCUUCUUGCACUGUAAGUUUAAGAGAUGUCUAUCGGUGUAUCAGUCUGAUCAAGUGGUUUAAAGAUCAAUUCAUUCCCCAACAGCAUCCAGACAUGAAAGAAACUGAAGUUAUUCUUAGAUCAUUCAUCAUGGGACUUACAAUCUGUUAUUUAUGUCGUUUCUCAAAUUCUAAUGACCGGUUGGCUUAUCGGGAGAGAUUAUCCGCUGUAUUUUCAUCAAAUUUUAUCGACACUUAUACCGAAAAAAAAAUAGCGCAAUAUAUAAGAGAAGAACACAACGCUAUUCUUGACAGAAUGGAUAUUCCAAAAGGAACAGCAAGAAACACAGCUUUGCAAGAGAAUAUCUUUGUAAUGCUUGUAUGCAUUUUGAACAAACUACCUCUUUUCAUAGUCGGAAAACCGGGUUGCAGUAAAUCAUUGUCCAUGCAGCUUAUCAGAAACAAUAUGAGAGGGAAAGAUUCCAAAGAUCAGUUCUUUCAAAAUUAUCCAAGACUAUUCUAUUCUUCCUUCCAAGGAUCAGAGUCAUCAACUUCCGAGGGAAUCAUCAAAGUGUUUGAACGUGCAAACAAAUUUGAGAAACAAGAGAGUGAUGUUCUGUCUCUUGUUAUUCUUGAUGGAAUCGGCUUAGCAGAAAUAUCAAGGUUCAACCCUUUAAAAGUUCUGCAUUCCUUGUUAGAACCUGAAGGAAGAGAUAUACCAGAAGUAGCAGUUGUUGGAAUUUCAAACUGGUCUCUUGAUUCAGCAAAAAUGAACAGAGCAAUUCAUUUGUCAAGGCCAGAUAUGGAUGAAGAAGAGCUUUUUAUUACUGGAAAGUCUAUAAUGGAAUCUGUAGCUGGUCACAUAAGUCUAGAUUCAAUUCUCAAAGACAUUGCAAAAGCAUAUUCGGACUAUGUUGAUCAGCAACCAAUUAAGAAUUUCCACGGAUUACGAGAUUAUUACUCGUUUGUUAAAUAUAUCUCCAGAAAGUUUGAAAACAUGAACCAUGCAGUGAAUGAAAAACAAUUACUUUUGAAAGGCAUGUUGCGUAAUUUUGGAGGACAGCAGAUGAACAAUGACACAAUGCGAAGAACAUUUUUUCAUACAAUGUCAUUACAAAAUUUACCAAUCUGUGAAACAAAGGAACUCAUCAAAGAGAACAUAACGGAUAGUGAAGCGAGGCAUUUGAUGUUAAUUCUUGAUGGGGACUCAGCUCUUGGAAGUAUUGAAAAUAUUAUCGAAAAUAUUGGUAAGGACUUUACAACCAUAUUAGGUAGUAGGUUUCCGGAUGACGAAGAUGACGAAUAUAAUUACCGAGUCCUAAACAGAAUAAUUCUAUGCAUGGAACAGCCACAGGUUCUUAUUUUAAAAGAUUUGGAUGACAUAUACGGCAGUCUUUAUGACAUGUUGAAUCAGAAUUACACUAUUGUGCAAGGAAAAAAACAUUGUCGAGUUGCACUUGGACCCUUUAGCAAUCCAACAUGCGAAGUGAAUGAUGACUUUAAAUGCAUAGUAGUCAUUGAUGAGUCCAACAUUACAAAUACAGACCCUCCAUUCUUGAACAGAUUUGAAAAACAACAGUACCUUUUAAGAGAUAUCUUAAAACCAAAUAAUGUAAGAUUAGCCGAGUACGUUGAAUGCUUUGUCAAUGACUUGUCAUUAUACAGGGAAUCAAAUAUUCUUUUUAGUGCACAAGAUUCAUUUCCUAUUGCAGGAAAAGAAAUGUUUACCUCGCUUGUCACUCUUGUAGAACAGAAACUUGCUAGUUUGUACGGAAAAUCAACGUCAACGACUGAAGUCAUGUACUAUUGUAUUUUAGAACUUCUGUGGAUAUUGAAACCAGAUUGCAUUUUCAGAGCAAACAUAUCUGACGCUUGGACAAAAUCUAGAAACUCGGUAAAGUUUCUAAUUGCUAUGUACAUGACCUUACCCAUUCACAAUGGAUUAGGUUAUUACUUACAAGAGGUAUGUGAUGGAGAAGAACUUUUUCAUGGAGAUGUAAACAGGAAACAGGAAAGUCUUUGUAGACUAGUACCGUUUGAACUGAAGGAACUAAGGGACACGUAUUUAAGUGAAACAGAAGAUGAUGAUUCAAUUUUCGAUGAUUUACAGGAAUAUUAUGAGGAAAAUUCAUCCUACAGUUGUGAGACGUCCGAAAAUGAAUGGCAUGCCCCAUUUGAAAUGGAAGAAAACCUUGAUUUCUCUGAUAAUUCUUCUGAUAUUUAUUUAGAAAAUGUUGUUCAUGAAAGUCUACGAAAAACAGAUGGUUAUGGAGCAAAGUUGGUCGUCUUCACCUUCUCGACAAUUUAUUGUAAAAUUCAGGAUGCAUUAGCUAAUAUAGACUAUUCGCUUCACAAACUUUCCGAAUACAAAACAGAGAAGAAUUUUUCAAAAGGCAUUGAACAAUUUUUUGAAUCAAGUAAAAGAAAAUGGUUUGUGCUUCAGUGCGACAUGAAAUCCGAUUAUCAUCACAUUUUGCUGGCAAAAUCGAUUGUAGAGAACAGCAGAAAAAGGUUAACAAAUAAUGAUAAGACAAAACAUGUGUGUUUUGUGAUUCAUAUCACGAGGAAUACCAAUCCUUUUCAUAUGUUCAACAAGAUUAAUUUUUCUUCAGGGUGGACACUAGCCACAUUAGAUGCUAUCGAAAAACCGAUUUUUGUCUUGCCAGAUCUAUACAACAAGCCUGCUCUUGAUGUCCUUAGAGCCAAUGAACAAGAAUUCGCGGAUUUAAUUGUUAAAGAAUUACCUUGGGCAUCUGCCAAAAUUCAAUACCAAGGUACUUCAGACAACAUUACUGAUGUUCAAACACUUAAAAAAUCUGAGUGUGCACUGGAAUUUGUUUCGGAACAAAUUCAAGCUUGGAUUAAAAGGCACAGUGAUAUAGAAGAUAACAUGGACUGGCAACAUAAAGCAGCUUGUGACAAACAUCUUCUAGAAACCUCGGCAACACUAAUUGGAACUCUGGAAAGUCAUUUGUCAAGUUUAAUUCAAAAACCCCUAGGACGAAUUCUGUAUUCUAUUGAAAGUGCGGGACUCAUGUCAUGUCUUCUUUCUUUUGAUGACUUGAAACCAGAAUUAAAAGAUGUUUUCCGCAAAGGAUGUGAAUGUCUAGACUUAUACAAUGUCGAUGCAGUACCACCCCCAGCUGGUCCAGGAUGCUAUCUUAUCAAUCUCACACACAACCAAAUGAAGGUUCCCUUUUCAAAACUUAUAUUUGAAAACUUGGAAAAUUACAAAGCUGAAGUUCUUGGAGACGUUCGAAGAACAAAUAUCAUUCCUGGGCAUUUUCAAGUUGCGGAUGAUGAGGAAUUAAAGGAGACAAUGCUAGCAAUUGUUCGUGCGUACUCGUAUUUGAUAAAGAAAGAAACUCAUCUUUUUGAUGAUCUUACAUUUGAUCAUAUAGUAGAAGAUUUGAGAAACGAUUUUUGUCAGUUUGCAACAUCUUCUGUAAAAUGCCGCCUUACAGGAGAAGAAAAAGCUAAUCUGAUGAAAUGGAUACUUAACCGUCUUACAGGAAACAAUGUAAUUUAUGACGUCGGUACUUUUUUAAUGACUCUUCAUUUGUGGACUUGGACAUAUUUUCAAAAUAUAAUUGGUAUUUUCCAUUUGGUAGAUUCAUGGAAAACUCGUGAUAAGUGUAACGAUGCUUUAUCCAAUCUUCUAUAUCGAUCAGAGAAUGAAAAAACAUUGUUAGAGAGUCUGCAAACUUUUGUUGACUCUAUUUGUGAAGACAUUUUGUCACAGUGUGUAGAAUUGAAAAGAAGUGAGAUAAUAGAAUGGCAAGAAGGGGUCUUCAAGUUCAUGACUAUCAUAGGUGAAAUAGGUAUAACGUCACACAAAACAGAAACUCUGAAAUUUUUUAAUGAUUUUGUAUCGGUGGUAUUUAUACCAACAAAAUGCGAUUCCUCUCAUCUGAAUCAGUUUGCGAUAUGUGUUUCAAGUUGUAAUUGGGAUUUGAACAAACUGAGUGUAUUCGAAUCUUUGUGGAACCAUUUGAAAUUAUUGAGCGAACGUGUAAGUGCUUUAGAGUUACAACAAAUAGCCUGCUCUUUUAUUUCAAGAUGUAACGGGAUCAAUGUAAACGAUGAUUUGGAACAAAAGCAGAUUAACUUAAAAGCUGUUGAUAUAAUAGCAAAUGGAGAAAUGUUUGAUGAAUCCUUAAAAUUUUACAAUCACUGCUUGAAGUUGAGUCUUGUUGACUACUUUCCAGAUGAAGAGGAGGAUUUUGAUUCUAGUUUGUUUCUACAAAUGCUUGAAAACGACAUCAGCAAAGAAGAUCUGGAUGAUUAUUUGUAUGCAAUUCACAAUUUACUCGACGAAGAGAAUAAAACAACAUUCCCCUUGCUAUUUCUUUCAACAUUAGAGGAAGAAGUAUUCAAUGAAGUCAUUGGAAUUGAGAAACUGACAAACAUUGCAACGCACAAUGAUGUCCUCUUACGAAAACUCUUUCAAGCUCAAGAUGCAUUAAGAAGUCAAUGUACUGGAAUGCGGCACAGUGCAGCAGUUGCUUACCUGAAAACGUUUUUGUCAGUUACUGCUUCAUUGCUUUUUACCGCCUCCUACAGGAAUAAAUUUGUGCUUUCUGCAAUCGAUCAAUUAAUGUGCAGUGGAACAAAAUCCAACGAGCAGGUAGUCGUGCAAAAAUACUUCUUGGAUUGUUUAAAACGACGUUCAGGAGACCUUGAAUUGCUAAAAUUGUCAGCAGAAUUAUCAGUGACAAUGCAAUUUUUCAGGACAAGUAGUAUGCUUCCAUCAGUGGAAAAUAUAGGCUGCUCGCUAGAGUCCCUUAACCUGGCUAGAUAUUGUGUUAUACCUGAUUUAAUACUUCUUCAAUCCCUGAGUGAUAUAUCAGAAGAUGCCGGGUUUCUCAAAAGGCUCAUUGACAGAGAAAAGACUUCUGUAGCGUCACUCUUGUGCUUCUUGCACAGUCGCUUUUUUUACGUCGAAUGUUUUACAAAGGUUGCCGAUUCAGAUCGAUUGCUUGUAAAAUCUUUUGAAAAAGCGGAUGCUUGUGUUGAAAAUGAUAGAGUCCAACAGUUGAUUAAACAUCUAACUUUCCAGUGGGACUGCAAGAGAGAUAUUCUGAGACAAAGGGUACAGAAAUCGGCAGAAGACACAUCUUUGACAUCAUUUUUGAUCCAUGUUGUCAGCUUAAUUUUGAUUCACGAAUCUAAAAGUAGUACUCUAUAUAAAGCAGCCAUUUACCACGAAGUUUCAGAAUGUACACAAAUCGAAAGAAAGACAUUGACUACAUUUCAAAUACGAACCUGCACAUGUAGUCAUCGAGUCAUAACAUCGGAAAAGUUGAGCUGUCCGUGGUGUUCUUCAAGCAACAUGUCCGAGCAUUUCAAUGUUGUGUUUCAACCAGUUAAAACAGAACCAUUUUCCACAAUUGUUAGAAAUUUAUUGAUAGACGCUGCCUUGGUAACAUCAUGCUUAUUUCAAGAUGUUGUCAGUGAAGUUGGAUCAAAAGAAGUCGAAUCAAGGGAGGAAAGCUUCCAAAUAAAUUGGCAAAAACUUCGAGAAUAUCUUCAGGUUAAUGAUAGUGAGCAAUGUCAGCUUCUGAUGAUUUUCCUGGAGAAUGUGAAGGAAAUAUUUUCGGAUUCAACUUUUUCUAAGACUGAAUGGAAUCCUAAAUAUGAUGAUGAACUGAGAAAAGUAUUACAGAACAGAUACCGGCAAAUGAGGAUGGACAAUAUCAGACAUGAUACAUUUUGUAAAGCAUUAAGGACAACAGUCGUUGUUGAAAAUGCAGAAGAAACUGAAAAUGUUGAAACAGGUCAUAUGUUUUUUCUAACAGAAAAACCAUCCAUUCACAAUCUUUACUUAGAAUUGCAUAUGUCAAAGUCAGAAGAGAAGCACCCCUGUUUGAACAUGAUUUUGGAAAGCUUAGAAAUGCUUCAGUUUCCACAGUACAUCGAGGGCAUACUUCGAUGGCAUAGAUUGCUUAUAACUAGAUGCAGUUACAGUCUUAAAAAGGUUGACUGCAAGUACAUGUCAGUUGGCUCAUUCAUAAAUCAACAAAACAGAGAAAUACAAAGAGACUUGAGAGAAAGUUUCAAGAUCUUUUCUGAUAAAUGGGGAGAAAUUGUUACCCUGAUUGCAAGAUUAGAAUAUCAUACAACAAAAUUGCCAUGUGUUGAGAAAAUCACGGAAGACUCAAAAAUGGACUUUUGUGUAUUGAAAGAUAAAACUUCCACAGUUUUUCAAGUCUUACAUGUUUUAUGCUCAUUGCAAAACAAACUUCUUGAUAAAAUAUUAGAAAUAUGUGUUUUAUUUGAGUGCAAAGCUCUUGGUUUCUUGCAUUUAGGACCUAAACAAGCAGCAAUCCCAGUAGUUGCUUUUAUGGAUCUUCAGACAAAACAUAUAGUUAAAUCUAUUGUUGAAGACAAUGCUGAGAAAUUGGAACUGUUUUCACAAGUCGGGUGUACAGCUAACACAAGAGGCACCGACUAUGACUUCAGAAAAAUAGAAAUAAAGUGGGCCUUUAAGGUGUUUUAUAACAAGGCUUAUAUAUUGAUUGACGAAACAAUGAUGUUUAUGGAAUUUAAAGACGAUUUGUAUGGACAUUGUGUACAGCUUUUGCAAAAGGUAUCUGCUCUCAUACCACAAACAACCAUUGAUUCUGCAAUGGAAGAAAAAAUCAAAGAGAGGUUAGAAGAUGAUUCAUCUCAGGGACCACAGCUUCUAACUUUAAUUGGAACAAUUACAACCAUCAUUGUAAGAAGAAAAGCAACAGAAGGGCGUCUGCACAUGGCUGAAUAUGCUGGAAGAUUAGAGGGAUUGCCGCUAAUAGGACUUUCAAAUAGCUGUUUGUUACCCUUUACCGAGUAUGAUUUGACAUUGAAUAAAGUGGUUGCAUUCUAUACUCUUUUAGAAGAGAUAAAUGGUAAAAAAUAUUUCAAUGCAUUGGACAUCGAAUUCAGAGAUGCCAUGCAAGAUAAGACUAAACAACAAAUUAUACAUGUGGUUAGUGGAAGAAUCACCUUGCUAAGAGCAUGUGAGUCAGCAAUGCAUGUGUUUCUUCAUCGGUAUUUAUACAUCAGAGAUAAUGACAUCAGUCUACAACAGCCGAUAGCAGACUACUUGAGCAGUACUGAACUGUGGAAAAACGCCCAGAUCUUGAUCCAACGAAUUAUACUGCCAAACUUGGACUUCGAAAUUCUUUUGCAGGAUGUAUUUCCACAAGAACUUCUGAUCAGACAUGUAUACAAGUUUAUAGAGCUUCUGAAAGAACAAAUUAGGCUCCACCAAAUAAAAACGCGCAUCUCAAAGUUGUCACAAGGGUCCAGGAAAACCAACAAAAGAAAAGCACUUGCUGGAAUAACUUAAUUAUAAUCGAUUUCAUUGAGCUUUCAAAGCCAACACACCAAAGUGUGACCGAGAGGAGGAAUUAUUCUACAGUGGAAGAUAUUUAAAACAGACUUAAUUGUGUAUUAUCCUGUGUGAUAUUAUCUUGUGUAAUAUUUUUGGAUAUUUUGAGUUGUUUAUAUAGUCUUAAAAUAAUAUUUCCUUUUUUUUUGCAUUGAUAGCAAAUGUCUGUUAAAAAUAUUUUUUGUAAAUUGCUGCAGAAAGUACUUUGUCAAACACAUAUGUUUAUUGUUAUGUAACUAUAUUGACAUGGUAUCGCAAAACUGGAAUGAGAAAGAAAUUCCUGCUGAUUGACGUAUCAAUUGUAUCUAUUUUGAUGUGUGUAUUGUGUUAAUAAAUUGCUUGCAUGAAUUGAUUUAGCAUUCAUAUGUUUAUUGAGAUUUUUUCAAUAUCAUCGGUUGCUUACGUGUAUUUGCAUAGAUUUUUCAAUAUUGCAGUUGCAUUCUAUACACAUUCGUUAUUGUUAAAAUUUCAAUACUGAUGGAUCAUCUAAUACUGUUAUAUGUAUACAUUUGAAUUUAUAUUAAUGUUUCAAUAACUUUGUCAAUACUUGCGGUACGUGAGAAAAAUAUCCCUAUUGGGUCUUUUCGCGUAAUUCAUACUUUGGAUAAUUUCUGUGAAAAAGAUACAGUGAAUUGUAAUAUAAAGCAUCAAUUGUUUAUAAUUGUUGGCGAGAUUUUCACACUGUAGAAUUUAGUCAAUGUAAAUACAAUUAUGUACUCUGUAAUUUUGUAUGUAAGGAAUCUGCUUCAAAUGUUUAUCUGUAUUUUUCGAGUUUGUAGACUGCUAUAAUGCAAAUAAGAAAAUUGUAGUCAGUAUUUAAUAUUCUAUCUAUGUUUUUGAAUUUAGAUUGUCUCUGCAAUUGCAAGUUUUAUCAAUCUAUUAUUUUUUGUCUGAUUUUUAAAAAAAUUGAGACUUUUUUUUUUAAUAUAAAACUUAUAGAUUAUAGAUUUUUUAAUAUAAAACAAUAGAUUGCUUUACAACGCAUUCUAUUGGUCUGUGAAACUACCACUGUGAAACUACUAGCUUAUAUCAUGUUGCUUCGGUGAUAACUUAUCCUACGAUAUACGAGUAUAUGUAUGUAUUUUUUUAAAAUCAUUUAAAGUCCUUUGAAUUUUGUGUGAGGUUAUGAGAAAUCAGAUGUAAAGAAGGAAGUAAAGCCUAUAUGCAUGAAGGGGUAGAUUUAUAAAUGAUUACUUUCAGUCGGGCUCAUGGAGUGACCAUAUCUAAGAUGCAUGGUUUAUUGGAUAUUCAUCAUAAUAGGUUUUAAGUUUUUCGAAAUUGAAAUGCAUAAAAUAAAAGGAAGAUGUCGAUGCAUUGUAAUCAUAUCACUUGUAGUUCAUUGUAAUACUAGUAUUUAGCGUAGUUGUUGAGCUGUACAAUUACAUAUUCGCCCGAGUUGUCCUUAUAUUGUAUGUACAUGUAUCAUACAUUGUAAUGAUUGAAACAAGGCAUUUUGCUAGCUCAUUUAUAAAUCUUUCUACGUGUUUCAUAGGUUUUAAUGAGAACCAAAUAAAUAUUUGUAAAUUUCAGAUUUACAGACUUUGUCGUGUCUGUAAGUCUGAGACUAUCUUUCUAACUUGAUUAAAUCUGUGGUUUUGAGACCAGGCUUUAAAAUUAAAAUGAACAUUUAUAUUGUUAAGUCUUUUUAAGUAUUGACCCAGCAGUAUAAUUACAAUCUCAACCAAGUAACUGACAAGGGGCAAGCAAACAAAAAAUCACUGAUACAAUAAUUUUUGAUAUAACAUGUUUUCCUAAAAUUCUUAUUCUUACAGGUACAAUUUCCCUGAAAAAAAAUUGAGAGUUCAUAUAAUUUGAACUGUUGAUAUGAAUAAUUUUUUGUUUACUGUCAUAGAUACACAACUGAUGUCUGUUGACGCAGACUUUACUGUUGGUAUUAAUUAUAUAUUACUGUAUAAUCUAAUUGUAUUUGAUUUUUUUACUCUAUAACUAGACUGAUAAUAUACAUUCACUGUCUUA